AUGGUUCGUUUCUCCAUUGCUGCAGCAUUCUUUGCUGCUUCCGCCCUUGCUAUCCCAAAUCCCCUCACGCCAGACCCAUCUGGCGCCAAGAACGUCGGCAACGGCAAAGGAGUUCAGUUCAUCGGCGGCGCCUGCCUCAGCAGCAAAGACUGCGCCUCAACCUGCUGCGCGACCCUGAACGGCGCAGGCAUCUGCUCCGGACUCGGAGCCCAGUUCCAGGCAGGCAAACAAGGAUGCGGUUUCGGUGAUGGCGGUGCCGCAGGCGCAGCACCCGCCGCGUCCCAGGGGGCAGGCCAGGCGACGCCGUCCAUGGAGGCCGCUGCCGGGAGCGGAAGUAACGCGGGAUCAGGGACCUCUUCGAAUGUCGGCGCCGGUAACGGCCAACAGUUCAUCACGGGACAGUGUCUGUCUGACGCGGACUGCGCCUCGGGGUGCUGCAACGGUCCCAAGGGUGCGUGUGCCGCGCGCGCCGUGGCGACGGAGAACGGCAAGGCGGGGUGCGGAUUCACCGGCACAGGCACGGGGAGCGCGGCGGAGGGUGCGGCGCCGCCUCAAGCUGCUCCGUCCGCCGGGGCGGGGGCGGGUGCGGGUGCGGGCUCUGCUGCUGGCGCCGGCACUGCUGGGGCUCCUGGCUCGCAGAAUGUUGGCAAGGGGAACGGACAGCAGUUCAUCACGGGGCAAUGUCUGUCCAACGCGGACUGUGCUUCCGGGUGCUGUGCCGGUCCCAAAGGGGUUUGCUCGGCGGUGGCGGUUGCGAAUGCAAAUGGGAAAACGGGAUGCGGGUUUACGGGGGCGUGA